AUGGAAAGAGCAAAUCGUGCAGUGGCUGCCCGACCUCGUGGAACCUUCGGAGGUGCAGGUCAUCCAGAGCGGUGCCAAAAACUUCGACACGGACGCGGCGUUCUGGAUCAUAUCCUACAACCUCCUGGCCACCGACGCCAAGAAAGGCAAGUUCCAGCAGCGCCCCGACGGCUCCCCUCACGGCUUCGUCAUCGCGGACGAGAGCCACAACAUUCGAAGGAGUGGAGCGCCGCACGCACGAAGGCCUUGGUGCCCAUCAUCCGCAGCGCCACCCGCAAGAUACUGCUUUCCGGCACGCCCACGCGCAAUUCCCCCGACGAGCUCCACCCCCAGCUGUGCGGGCUGCUGCCCUGGGCCCCCAAGCUGGCCGACUUCCGGGCGAGGUACUGCGCCCAGCAGGAGCAGCGCAUACCCAACGGGAGACUGCUGAACCGGGUCGUGGGCGCCAGGAACACGGCGGAGCUCAACCACCUCCUUGAAGCGACCGUGAUGGUGCGCCGGCUGAAGAAGGACGUGCUCGCGCAGCUUCCUGAGAAGCGACGCCAGCGGAUUCCGCUCGAGGUCGCCAACGCCAAGGCGCUGAAGGACGCGAGAAAUGCCUACAGGGAGUACCAGAGGGGCUCUGGCGCCUCCGGCAUGUUCGUCGACGGCGGCGCCGACGACACCAGUACGAUGUUCAAGAGCUUGGCUCAGGCCAAGCUUCCAGCGGUGAAGGAAUACAUCCUGGAGGUGCUCGAGCGCGGAGACGAAAAGGCGAUCAUCUUCGGCCACCACCAGGUGCUGCUCGACGCCGUCGAGGAGGUUCUGCGCGCCCAGCUCUCGAAGGACGGGCUGUGCCACGUGCGCAUCGACGGCAAGACGCCUUCGGCCAAGAGGCCCGCCCUGGUGCGGCAGUUCCAGGAGGAGCCCGACUGCCGCGUGGCGCUGCUGUCGAUCACGGCCUGCGGCGAGGGCAUCACCCUCACGGCCGCCGGCCUCGUGAUCUUCGCGGAGCUCUACUGGGUGCCAGGGGCGGUGGAGCAGGCCGAGGCGCGGGCCCACCGCAUCGGGACCACGCACAGCAAGGUGGUGGUGGAGUUCCUUGUCGUGCCAAACUCGCCGGACGAUGACAUUUUCAAGAGCCUGGAGCGCAAGAAGCAGGACACCUCCAGCGUGCUCGACGGCGCCGCCGAGACGCUCGCGGCGCAGUGCGCGCCGGCCCGGCCCAGGAAGCGCAGCGCCCCGGCGGAGGAGGCUGCCGAGGGCGACGAGUGCAGCCAGAGCGCCAAGCGGCUCUUCGCCGCGCUGGGCGCGAAGGCCAACCAGCAGCGCCCGCGAGGCCGACCAGCGCGCGCCGCGGCCGGCAGCGGCGCGGGCGCGGAGGUCCAGUCCCAGGCGAGCGGCGGCGACACGCCAGCGGCGGUUGGCGCGCCUGGCAUGGAGGCGGCGGCGCCGCCGCCCGCGGCGACCGAGCGCUCGGGGUCGGCUGCGGCGGCAGAGGAGAGGGCGACCACGGCGGCGCCUGCAGCGGACGAGCGCUCGGGGGCGGCCGCGGCGGAGGAGCGCACGGAGGCGGCGCCCGCGGCGGAGGAGCGCACGGAGGCGGCGCCCGCGGCGGACGAUCGCUCGAGGGCGGCCUCGGCGGCUGCCGCGGCGGCGCCCGCGACGGACGGGCGCACCGGGGCGGCGCCGGCGGCGGCGGAAGAGAAGGUGUCGAUCGAGGUGAGGGCCACGGCGGAGGGCGAGACCUCCAGGAUCACGUACUCGCUGAGGUGCACCUCCAGCCUCGACAGGUUGAUGAGGGCCUGGUGCAGGCAUCAGGGCAUGCAGCUGCCAGACGUCAGGUUCCUCCACGACGGCCGGGAGCUGCGGCCCGACGCCACGCCCGGGGGCCUCGGCGCCGAGCCCGGCGGCCGCCUGGUGCUGCACGCGGUGCCCCGGCCGGCCGCCGGCCGGCAGCCGGCCCCGCCCGAG